AUGGACAUUUAUGAGCAAAUCGAGCGUCUAUGUAUGGCCCUUGGAGUUGCAGCCGUAAUACCAGAUCAGCAGCAAGAACCAGCGGGCAUCGCAAUUCCUUUGGAUCAGGAAGCUGCACCACUUUCUGACGAGAACAGGCUAGCAAUAAAAAUCAAAAACCAAUGUACCAAUAUGCGAAUAGAAAAUGGCAUGAAUGUGUACGAGUUACCGUUAAAAAAAUUGCCAAACUUCCCCGGAGCGCCUUCCAUCGUUAGGCGAUUCUCCUUUGGUGAGCCAGAUCCUUCCGGAAGCAAGCCAUGCAAAACCAUUCUUCUGAUGGGUGCCACCGGUUCAGGAAAAACCACCAUGAUCAAUGCCAUGAUCAAUUAUGUACUAGGCGUUCAAUGGGAGGAUCCUUUCCGUUUUAUUCUUGUUGAUGAAAAAGAAACGAAAACUCAAGCUUUUAGCCAGACCAGUGAAGUUACGGCUUAUGACAUCCAUCACAGAAAUGGUUUCCAAAUUUCUUUUUCUCUGACUAUUAUUGACACUCCUGGAUUCGGUGAUACCCAAGGUAUCAAGAGGGACGAAGAAAUCACUUCGGCCAUCAAACAAUUUUUUGAACACGAAAAUGGCAUUCAGGCAUUGGACGCAGUUGGCUUUGUAGUGCACUCUUCGCUGGCUCGUCUUACGAGCUCUCAGACGUAUAUCUUCAAUACGGUAUUGUCCAUUUUUGGCAAAGACAUCGAAAAAAAUGUUCGCUUCUUGGCCACUUUCGCUGAUGGAGGGCAACCUCCUGUCUUAGCGGCAAUUAGGGAGGCUAAGCUUCCUUGUCUACUGGACUCCAAUGGGGAGCCUUGCCACCAGGUUUUUAACAACCGUGCAAUGUAUGUCUCGAAUCAGAGAUCAGGAGAUCGUUUGUCCCCAAUCGAAUGGGACAAUGCAAUGCAAAAUUUUCAAUCGUUUUUUGCUGAGUUAUCCAAAAUGCCGAUCACAUCGCUCGAACUAACAAAAAAAGUACUGAAUAGCCAAGAAAACUUCCGUAACACUAUGCAGGACUUUGAAACCACCAUCCAAGCGCACCUCAUGAAAAUGGAAGAAUUACGAAAGAUCGAGGAAAUCAUCGCCUCGAACAAAGAACAUGUUAACGCUAAUAAGGACUUUGAAAUCACUGUGAAAGUACGCAAGAAGAAACAGAUUGAGCUCAAAACGAAUGAGAAAGCAUUGAAUUGCACUAUUUGCAAAGUAACGUGUCGUCGUUGCUACCCAAAUUCAUGGAUGCCCUCUCCUGCAUUCUGGGAACCAAUAAAAAUGGCUCUGGUAACCGGUGGCUCUGCAAGUGUCGGAAUGGCUGUGAAAGCUAGCGGAGGUUUCUUUGAGUUCAUUGCAAAGGAGGAGAUUUUUAGGUUUAUUGCUAACAAUGUCGUACCAGUAGCGAGUCUAGUGUGUGUUGGUGCAGUGGUCGCCUCAAGGUAUGGUAAUGAGUGCCAGAUGUGCCCUAAACGCUGCGCCAAGGAACACCACUCAUACGAACUCACUAGAUGGGAAUACGUUCAAGAAGACGAAACUCGCACAUUUCAUGAAAUUCGCAAGAAGUACGAUGACGCAAAGGAAAAGACUCUAAAUGCGGAAGAACUAAAGGAUGCCUUGCAAGGAGAGGCGGCGAAGCUGAAAUCAGAUAUCAUUGAAAUAAUAGAUAAGAGUAGAAGCUACUUAAAUUAUUUAAAAGAGAUAGAACUGUGUGAUGCAUCUCCGCUAUCCGCUCCCGAAUAUAUUAACCUGAUGAUCAAAGACGAGAAAAAAAAUAAAAAAUCUGGACACGAGGAGAGAAUUAAAAGUUUGGAAGAUCUAAAGAGAACGGCUGAGCUCCCGUAAGACGUAACGGAUGGCGGUGAUUUAGCCAAGCAGUACAAAAACUAACUAGAACAUACAAGCUUACGAGGAAAUAUUGAAGCAAGAAAGAUAUCUUUUCCAGUUAACCAUUAAAGUUUUUUUUAUUUUUAUAGUUCAAGUAAUCAUUUUAUGAAUUAUCACCGCAAUUUGGCUUUCAAAUGCGCUUGCUAAAUAUUCGGAAGUGUAAUUUUUAUCUUACUUUGUAACGGUUAUCGAUUUUUAAAUGGGUACAGGGGGUUAAAUACAAGAUUGAAUAAAUUCAUCAGUUAAAAGCAA